UCCGCCUGCCCACUUCGGGACUUUCCGUUCCCGCUCGGGUUUCCGCCGAGACGACUCGAGCGCCGAGACGGAAGUAGCCUGAGCGUGUGGGCGGGGCUAAGUGCAACAAUGUCCGCCGCCUUGCUGCGGCGGGGCCUGGAGCUGCUGGGGGCCCCCGAGGCCCCCCAGGCCGCGCCAAGCCAGGCCAAGCCGAACGGGGCUCCGGUGAAGCGGGCCCGUAAGGCGAAGGCGACCCAGGCUGGGAAACUGCGGAAUUCGGCCAAGGGAAAAGUGCCCAAGUCGGCGUUGGCCGAGUUCCAGAAGCGAGAGUGUCGGGGCUACCUUGGAGUGAACCUCAAGUUUAUGACCAGUGCCAGGAGCACCGUGCCUGAGUCCGUCACCCAGCAGAUCGUGCGCCAGAACCGGGGCCGCAAGGCCUGUGACCGGCCUGUGGCCAAAAAGAAGAAGAAGAAGGCUGAGGGCACCGUGUUCACUGAGGAAGACUUCCAGAAGUUCCAGCAGGAAUACUUCGGCAGCUAGCCUCCCGGAGGGCUCGGCGGCAGAGGCACUCAGGCCCGGCGUCCCCCUCUGGCCUCACAGCCACUGCUGGCCCUGGGACCCGCUGCACACAGCGGGGGCCAGGGUGACGCAAGGAAGCCCCGGAGCUGAAGCCAGGGGCAGGCUGGCGAGCGGCUGGGGAGCUGGAAGCCUGGGGGAGGACUCCUACUCAGAAGGGGCUGGAACCCGCAGGCCUGGGAGGAGCGAUCUCCCCACCGGAAGGAAACGUUUCUGACUGUUCUGUUUGCUUUGGCCGCAGGAGGGCUUCUUGGCUGUUUGCCGUGCAGAGGCCAGUUCCCGGGGCCUCGGGGCCACACCUCUAGGGUGGGGGGUGGCUGCUGGGUCCGCUUCAGGGUUCUAAUAAAUGUGGGCCCAAGA